AAACCAUUACUAGGCAUGGCUCCUUUCUGCCACGUCCCCAUGAGCCACCUUUAUGGGCCUCACUGGGGCAAAAGGGAGGCCUCAAUGGGCGCUUCUCCACGGACAGCUUACAGCAGGGCCAGGGGAACCCUGCGGGAGGCCCUGGGGAGGAUGGCUGAACGCAAGCGCCGUGGGCAGGCAGGCAGCCCAGGCCCAGGAGGCCGGCUGCAGGUGCAUGCCAGGACUGAGCCUCUGGGGAAAGCUCCUUGUCCAGAGGCAGCAGCCUGGGCCUACCUGGCAGGCACUUGCCUUGGGAGAAGGCUGGGUGCCCGGCGGCAGAGGGCAAAGGGCGACCCUCGCGUUCCCUUGCUGACGCUCCCCUCCUUUCCAGGUCUGAGUGCCAUGGAGGACAGCAAGGACCCCAGGAGCGCCACGGUGCCCCAUGCCCUGCGCUGCCCCUCUGGCUGCACUGCAGAUGGCCCCAUGCUCCUCCACACCGUGCCACGCUCCCCGACCUGCGUCCGCUGUCGCAACCACGGCAUCCGGGCGCCACUGAAAGGCCACAAGAACCGCUGCCAGUUCCAGAGCUGCCAGUGCGAGAAAUGCAUCUUUAUUCUGCAAAGGCGACGCGUCUCGGCCGCCCAGGUCUCCCUGCGCAGGCAGCAGGAGAUGGAGCUAAGGAAGCAGCUGGCUGGCAGCUCAGGAGAAGAUGCCCUGGGCCUGGGCAAAGCCUCCAAAAGGACCAGGCCCUGCAGGGGAAGGACAGGGAAGAAGGAGAAUGAAGACCCCGCGCAAGAGCCAAAGGACGGGCUCAGAGGGGCUCCAGGGCUCCUGCGGAAACAGAGGCGGAGGGCGACAAAGCAGGAGAGUUCCUAUCUGCCCCAUCCUCACUGCUCCGGAGUGGCAGCACUGCCAUGGACUUGUGCAGGGCAUCGGCCACCCUGCCUGGACUGGGCCCUGCCUCCGCUUCCUGUGCCCCCCGUAUCCUUCUGCCCCUUCGUGCCUCAGGAACAUCCGUUUCACUGUCCCCGAAUGGGAGGCUGUGAGGGCAAUGAAGCUUUCUACAUGCCAGAGGGUUACAUGGCAGCCCCAGGGCAAAUGGCUCACUCUGGCAUCUCCUGGCACUUACCUGGACCUGCCGACCUGCCCAGGCGCAUGGCCCUGAACCCCCUGAGUGGCAACCUGGAUUUGAGCAGACGUCCAAAGGCUCCACCACUGGGAGGCCAGCCAGCCUCCUCCACUCAUGUCUCCAUCUGGCCCUCCAGGGGACUCCUCUUCUCACCCCUUUCAGAACAACAGCUCCAGGAAGAGGCUGCCGAAGCCCUGAUGGUGCUGCGGAAGGCCCCCCGUUCAGGCCCCCUUCUGCCUCCUGCCAGCUCUGCACCUGCCCCCUUCUCCCAGCCAUCAGGGGCAGCUCAGAGCCCAGGGGUGCCCAGUCCUUUACAACAGCACCUCCCCAGCUUCAUGCCUCCUUAUGGCAUGCACCCUGUGAAGGCCUCCCUAGACAUUGCUCUGAAAGGGCCUCCGGAGCCUGCUGGAGCUCACCACAAGCAGGGCCCAGGGCCACUGGUCCUCCCUUUGCUCCACGGUGGUGCAUUUCCCCAUUGCCUGUUCUCAGUUGCCCCAACCGGGGGUCCCCAGCUUGCCACUUCUCUCCUGGUCUCCAGCAUCCAGGCUGUGAGCCCUAGUCCAGGAGGGGUCUCCAGUGUCAGUCAGCACCAUUUUGCCCCAGGCUUGGCAGCCUAUCCAGGCUCCUCAGGCUCCAUGCCACAGACCAUUUGUGUGCCACAAAUGAUAGACACAGGUUGGCAUUCUGAAGUCCUUGCUCCUCCAGGCCCCAUUCCUGGCAGCCCCCAACUGCUGCCCUUCUGCAUCCCACACAUGGAUGCCGCUGUCACGGUGCCCCUGCAGACCACCCUCCCUCGCAGCCCCCUUGAGAUGGAGCUCCACAUGCUCCCGAGGCUGUCUCUCCUGAAUCCCAGCCCCUACCUUGUAGCUCAUCCGCAAGCUUUCCCAGAGUCAGUGUUUCUCCCCGGGCAGAAGGUGCCACAGCCUCCGUUGAGCCAUGAAGGAAGGAGUUCCAGGAAGGGGCAGGAAGGAGAAACACAUGGAAGCGCCAAGGGUCUGUGGAGAACCAAUCCAACAGGAGCAGCCACAAGGGAAGAACCAGCCAGCGGUCAGCCAGCCAUGAGGGACGGAGACAAGAACCCGGCCAGCGUUCCGGCCCCGGCCCCAGAUGUCCAGGGGGAUGGCCGGUGGAUGUCCCUGCACCAUCGCUUCAUUGCUGAUAGCAAAGACAAAGAGCCAGAGGUGGUCUUCAUCGGAGACUCUUUGGUGCAGCUGCUGCACCAGUUUGAGAUCUGGAGGGAGCUUUUCUCCCCUCUCCAUGCGCUCAACUUUGGCAUUGGUAGCGACACCACCCAACACGUCCUCUGGCGCUUGCAAAACGGGGAGCUUCAGCACAUCCGGCCAAAGAUUGUGGUCGUCUGGGUGGGCACCAACAACCAUGGUCACACAGCGGAGCAAGUGACAGGCGGCAUUGAAGCAAUUGUGCGCCUCAUCCAUCAGCAGCAGCCCCAGGCCCGCAUAGUGGUUUUGGGCCUGCUGCCACGGGGCAAGAACCCCAAUCCACUGCGGGAGAAGAACCAGCGGGUGAACGAACUCCUGGAGAGCAAGGUGCCACUCCUGCCCAACGCCUCCUUCCUAAAUGCCGACCCAGGCUUCGUGCAUUCGGAUGGGACCAUAAGUCACCACGACAUGUACGACUACCUCCACCUGACCCGCAACGGAUACGCCCGACUCUGCCCAGACCUCCAUCGCCUCCUGCUAUGCCUUCUGGGAGAAUGCCAUGCCCAGGCGCCCUGACCCACUACCACUGCUGCCCAGGGGAAGCUGUACUGUGACCAGGCAGCAAAAGUGGUCAUUUUCCCCUGCCCGUCUGUGCCCGUCAUCUGGGUCGGCCAACAAGGCAGCUCCCCUUUGCUUCUGACCUCCGGGGCUAAAUGCAGAUCUGCCCUCUUUCAGCAGGGAGGCUCCUGAGGCGGCAAAAGGUCUGUGGGCAGUGGAUGCGGGGGGAGCAUGCUGGUUCACUUAAUGCCAAAAUACAUUGGCCAUGGGGGAAAUUACUGGGAGCUCAGCUACAUUUACUUAAUAAAAGUGGUAAUGUGAA